UGUGGGAAAAGCAUAUGAAGAAAGUUAGUUCUUCUAUCACUCUUUAGAAAAUGAUUUCGUUCAUCGAAUGGAUGAAUUUUACUUACAUCAAUAGUGAAUCAGAUUGAAUCUUUCACCUGAUGAAGAAGGGAGAACUUCCAAUACGAAGAAGAAUGAAGUUUUAAUCAAAGAAAACAAUGAUGGUGGAAGGAGUGGAGUGGACAUCAACCGUCCCACAAUUCAACAUUAUUACUAACGAAACCCCACCAAAAUUGGGGUUAGACCCCAUUAAUUAUGGUAUUAAAAAAAAACAAAUAACAUUUUCGUAGAACACAGCUUGUAGAGCACUAUAAAUUGGGGUCCCCCUUAAUGUCAAUACUGUCAAACAUUUCGCUCACCCACUCAAAUUAGAGAGAACAAGAAGAAGAAGAAGAAGACAUACAGACAGAAACUCAGAGAAUCUAUCAAUGGCCACCAAAGUUUACAUUGUAUACUAUUCCACUUAUGGACAUGUCUUGAGGCUGGCAGAGGAAAUUCAAAAAGGAGCUGCUUCUGUGGAGGGAGUGGAAGUCAAAUUAUGGCAGGUGCCUGAAACGUUACCAAGCGAGGUUCUUGAAAAGAUGCAAGCACCACCGAAGGGUGAAGCACCGAUCAUUACGCCAAGUGAACUCGCUGAAGCUGACGGUUUACUAUUCGGGUUCCCUACAAGAUUCGGAAUGAUGUGUGCUCAAUUCAAAGCAUUCAUGGAUGCAACAGGAAGUUUAUGGAGAACACAAUCACUUGCAGGAAAGCCAGCAGGCAUUUUCUAUAGCACUGCUUCUCAAGGAGGUGGACAGGAGACUACACCCUUAACAGCCAUAACUCAGCUGGUUCAUCAUGGCAUGCUGUUUGUUCCAAUUGGAUAUUCGUUCGGAGCUGGAAUGUUCGAGAUGGAAAACAUCAAGGGCGGGAGCCCUUACGGUGCUGGAACUUUAGCCGGUGAUGGCUCCAGACAGCCUUCUGAACUUGAACUGCAGCAAGCUUUCCAUCAGGGGAAGUACUUUGCUGGCAUUGCAAAGAAGCUCAAGGGAAACUGAUUGUUUUCUAUACUUAUUAUUUGUUCUCCCCGCCAUUAUAUAUAUUAAUAUAAUAUAUAAUAUAUAUAUAGCUGUUCUUUGUUGAAGAAUUUGCUAUAUCCUGUGUUUUGUCUUUUGAUUUGUGUAUGUAUUGAAUCUUACACUGCUACCAAACAUUAUUAUCUAUCAAAGUUAUCUGCUAUGCAUGUAUUUUUAA